GUCGAGGUUGUAUCGUUUCUCGGGAUUUUGCUGUCAUGGCGUUGUUAAAACAGAGUUGCUGUGUGACGGGUCGCUUUUCCACAAACCACUUAAGGUUGAGCCCCAGAUCGAUCUUACAUGUGUACACAAGCUGUCUGAACACUUCACCCAAGUCCUCUGCAGACAGGGAGGACAGGAAGAAGGAGGUUCAGAGCCAGGACGGCCCCGGGCUGCAGGACUUCAUAUCUGGGGAACUCUCUGAGAAAAGCAAGUGGGCAGAAUACAGAGGCAACCUGAAGAGACAGAAGGGGGAGAGGCUGAGGCUUCCUCCAUGGCUGAAGACGGAGAUCCCUAUUGGAAAGAACUACAACAGGCUGAAGAACACACUGAGAGACCUCAACCUGCACACGGUGUGUGAGGAGGCCAGGUGUCCAAACAUUGGAGAAUGUUGGGGUGGAGGAGAAUAUGCCACCGCUACUGCCACCAUCAUGCUGAUGGGAGACACAUGCACCCGGGGGUGCAGGUUCUGCUCGGUGAAGACGGCCCGUCAGCCGCCUCCUCUGGACCCAGAUGAGCCUUACAACACAGCCAAGGCCAUCGCAGCCUGGGGGCUGGACUACGUGGUUCUGACAUCUGUUGACAGAGAUGAUAUCGCUGAUGGAGGAGCAGAACAUUUUGCUAAAACGGUUACUAGCCUGAAGGAGAGAAACUCUCACAUCCUGGUCGAAUGCCUGACCCCUGAUUUCCGUGGCGACCUGUCAGCGGUGGAGAAGAUCGCCCUGUCAGGGCUAGACGUUUACGCUCACAACGUGGAGACGGUGCGGGAACUGCAACGGUAUGUUCGGGACCCCCGAGCGAACUUCGACCAAUCCCUGACUGUCCUGAAACACGCCAAGCAGGUCAAACCCGGCGUCCUCACUAAGACCUCCAUCAUGCUGGGACUGGGCGAGAGCGACCAGCAGAUAGUCAACACUCUGACCGAGCUGAGAGAGGCAGGAGUGGACUGUCUAACCCUCGGUCAGUACAUGCAGCCCACAAAGCGCCACCUAAAGGUGGAGGAAUACAUCCCCCCUGAAAAGUUUGCCCACUGGGAGAAAGUCGGGAACGAGAUGGGAUUUGUGUACACAGCCAGCGGGCCUCUGGUUCGAUCCUCCUACAAAGCAGGUGAAUUCUUCUUGAAGAAUCUGCUGAAGAAGAGAAAAGCAGAAAUCACUAGAACAGAACAAGAAGCUUCUUGAAGCAGCUCUUGCUUUUUUUUUUUCCCUCCUACUAAUCGCACUAACAGUCUGUAACGCAUCACAACUAUCCAUUGUUUUCAGCAGGAAAAUCAUUAGAACCAAGUAAAACAGAGACCGGGAGGCGUUCAACUUUAGCUGACUUGCAUCAAAAAGCGUUUAUUUUUGUCAGGAUGCUAGUUUUCCGUCUCCACCUGUAGCUGCCCUGAAGGUCUGGCUUUUGUUAAAAUGAUAAAAGGGAAUCAGAUGAGACUCGUGGCCAUCUGGGAGCAGAAGCUGCACUUUUCAAUCACCUUCUCUAGCCUCCAUAAACCUCAUUGUAAUGUGUGAAACAAACGUCUAAAAUGUUGUGUCUGCAUGUCUAUUUUGAGGAAGCUCACACAUGAGAUUUAAGCUUAAAAAGACAGAUUUAUUGAAGAAAAGUAUAUCUGUAUGUAAAGAUUUACAUUACAAAUCUUCAGUACAAAUUACAGACUCACAUUUUAUUGCAUUGGCCCUUCAGGUGAACAUCCUGACACGGAAGAUUAACAUACAGCAACAUGAUUUAUAAAAAAUAGUUUUUGUUUUUUUUUUAAAAUUAUAUAAAACUGUAUUUAAGAACAGUACUUAAUUAUAUAGUAAAUUAUAUAAGAAAGGA